GGGGACUACAAGCUGUCGCUGCACAAGGGGCAGCGUGCUAAGAAUGCGCGCGUGGUGAGUGGGUUCAAGCCUGGUGGCUGCGCACGAUUGUUGGAGGGCAAGGGGCUGUUUGACGAGGAGCAGGCCACCAAUCCACAGCACAUCUACACCGUGACUUCGCAAAGAGGUUGUCGUUUCGCUGUGGAGGGCAAGCGGCACCUGUACCGUCCGUCAGAGAUGUUGUUGGUGCGUGAGGCGACUGACAGGGUGGCGGGUGGGGCGACGCGACAGGCAGAGGCAGCGCAGGAGCAGCACCAGGUGCGGCUCAUUGUGCGCGCUCUUGCAGCCACCCAGAAGAAGGCCACUCGCGCGAUUGAGAAACAAGCGCCUCCCACGUCUCCUGCACCUGCGUAGAAGCCAGCUGGCAAGCGUGGUGGCCGGUUGGGUUAGCGCGAGCAGGUGCGUGGCGAAACACAUUUUUAAGGUGUAUGUCGGGCGUGUGUCCGUGGUGGACGCUGCCUGCCGCGCGGGUAGCGUGUGUCUUGGUGCAGACAGUGUUGUACAGUGCUGUAAAUGUGUGGCCAG